AUGCGUUAUCUAGCAAUUAUUCUGAUCACUCUACUCAUCUUCAAAGGAGUAAGAUCUCAAGACUCAACUACUGCUGCUGUAGCAGCAGGAGGAGAAACCACCGCAGCAGCAGGAGGGGAGACUACCGCUGCAGCAGGAGGAGAAACCACCGCAGCCGCAGGAGGGGAAACUACCGCUGCAGCAGGGGAAACCACCGCCGCAGGAGGGGAGACUACCGGUGCAGGAGGAGGAGAAACCACAGCAGCCGCAGGAGGGGAAACUACCGCUGCAGCAGGGGAAACCACCGCCGCAGGAGGGGAGACUACCGGUGCAGGAGGUUCUACCGCCGCAGGAGGAGACAGCACUACUGCUGCCGAAGGAGCGACAACAGGCCGGACAGGCACAGGCGCAGAGACUACGGGAGCAGGAACAACAGGUAAAACCACGGUAGCUGGAGGUACAACAACAGGUGCUGGCGCUGGUGAAACUACAACUACUGGACAAAAAGAAACCGAAGCUCCUGUACCUCCAGCGAACAACCAGAUGUGCCCAGGUAAUAAACGUACGAACGACAAGAUCAGAAAGAAGGCUCUUGAUCUGACUAACUGGCGUAGAUCAGUACUUGCCCAGGGACAAGUGGUGAAGAGGAACGGUGUCUACAUGCCUACAGCUGCAAAUAUGCAGAAAUUAAGAUAUGACUGCGAUCUUGAACUCAAAGCGCGCGACCGUGCUGAGGCGUGCCAACCUGUGGAAAAUGAGGCAAACACGCAGGAUUAUCAGGAGAACAGAUAUUACAUUCCGAAAUCAGAUGUUGCAUCUGCCGAAGCGCCUAGAGUUGAUGCCAUGGCCGCGAGUAUAAAGGAGUGGUGGAAACGGGUGAGACUAGAUGAGCCUAUUGGGCUGCAAUGUUAUUUCAGAGCCAAACAUGAAAGUAUGCAAGUGAGAACGUUCACUAGGAUGGCUUGGGCUAACACAAACAAAAUGGGUUGCACGGUUCAAGAAUGUGGUGAUCAAUGGCAUGCCGUAUGCCUCUAUAGCCCACCUGGAAACAAAGUCGAAGAAAGGAUUUACAUUCCCGGAACUACGUGCACCAUGUGUCCGGUUGGAACAUCCUGUGACCGCGCUCUUGGACUGUGCGAGGCUCCUUGA